AUGGAGGAGCCCCCGGCGGCGGAGGAGGAGUGGCAAGGGGCGACCCAGAAGAGGAAGGCCUGGGCCAAGAGCCGGGACUCCUGGCAGGCGUCGGAAGCGGAGGAUUUCUCGGCAGCGGCGCUGGCCCGCGGCGAGGAGGAAGAGGAGGAAGAAGAGGAGGAGGAGGAGGAG